GGUAAAGCCCCGCCUCGCGAAGUCUGCGCGCUGCGGCCGCGGCGAUGGGGCCGCUUGUCUGCGUGGCUCGGCGCCUCGCGCCGCUUUUCGGGCGCAGGGCCUUCUCCCGGAGAGCUGGGCCCGCGACAUCCGCGGUGGGUGCUGGGCUGCGGCUUCGGCUAGAGGUGGAGCGGCGUCCUGCGGGCCUAGCGCUAGGCCAGCGGUACCUGACCCUCGGCUUCGUGCAUGGCCUGCACAGCGGGCCCCGGCUGGAGGAGCCCGCGGAGGGGACAGCCGGCGAGGGACGCCCGGAGUCGGGCGCAGCAGAUCAUACUGUUCCCAAAUUCGACAUCGACAUGCUGGUUUCACUUCUGAGGCAAGAAAAUGCAAGAGACAUUUGUGUGAUCAAGGUUCCUCCAGAAAUGAAAUACACAGAUUACUUUGUGAUUGCUAGCGGGACUUCCACCCGACACUUACAUGCCAUGGCCUACUACAUUGUGAAAAUGUACAAAUACCUGAAAUGUAAAAGUGAGCCUCAUGUUAAGAUCGAAGGGAAGGACACUGAUGACUGGCUCUGUGUGGACUUUGGCAGCAUGGUGAUUCACUUGAUGCUUCCUGAAACCAGAGAGACCUACGAAUUAGAGAAAUUAUGGACCCUGCGUUCCUAUGACGACCAGUUAGCUCAAAUAGCACCUGAAACAUUACCAGAGGACUUCAUUCUUGGAAUAGAUGAUGAUACUUCAUCCCUGACUCCAGUGGAGUUCAAAUAUAAAUAAAUGAUACGAACUUUAUAGUCA